CACAGCUCACAGCUGAACCACUGCAGCUUGACCCCUCCGCAAAGCUUCUACGCAUUUCUGCUUACCAGACAGUUUCUUGCUCAGGCAAGACAUGUUGCAUCCCUAGCCAAACUACUCCACUUAACACUACCCUCCUCUACCAUCUCAACCAGCACAGCGCCGGCUCCGCGGCCAACCAGAAAUUAUGGCGACCACCUCAACCUCUCCUCAAAUCCCCCAUCACGUCACCGCCCUCCUCUCGCAUCUCACCUCGCGCCCCGGCGUGCAGUCCACCUUUAUCCUCUCCCGCAAAGACGGCUCCAUUAUUCAGAGCACGGGGCUAUACGCCUUUUCGCCGACGACCCGUCGCCCAAGCAGCAGACCUACCACUACAGCUACAGCUACACUGCUCCCCAACCCAGCCUCAUCGCCGUCGCCGGCCACAGCCCCAGCUAUUCUCCCAACCCCAACCCCGAACACUGUCCCCGUCCCCGUCCCCGUCCCCGUUCCUGGUGGUCCUACAACCCCGCACCCGGACCAACCCCAACACCAAGAAGAAGAACAGCCCACCGACCCGACGACCCCUGACGCCACGGAAACCACCCCCGCCGCCGCCGCUGUCCCAGCUACCGAAGAGGGAGACGAAGGCGAAGGCGAAGCAGCCCUCGACCAACAAGACGAACCCCCAACGAACACAGACCCAUCCCCCUCCUCCCCGAUCGCCAAUCCCGACCCCACCACCUCGCAAACACCACCAUUAACUACACUCCCAAUUCGAACCAAGGAAACAGCAGCAGCACAUCCAGAGCAACCGCAAGAGCAGAAGCAAGAGCAACCGCAAGAGCAAGAGAAAUACACCCCCUCGCCGGCCGAGACCCUCGCCGCGCAUAUCUUCGCCUAUGUGACGAGCGCGGCGGAGUUGAGUGCCGUGUUGGCUGAUCCGACCAGCUCUUCUGACGGGUCUGCUACUGCUGCUUCUGCUGGUAGGCAGCAGCAUGGAUAUGGGGCUGUGAAUGGGGUGUCGGGAUCGGGGUCGGGGUAUGAGGCCGGGAACCGGAACCGGGAAUCUGGGCACGGGUACGGGCAAGGACAAGGGCAAGGGGCAGGGGAAGGGGAAGGGGAGCGCGACGAGGAGGACGGAGAAGGGGAUGAGGUGAAGCUGUUGCGGUUGCGGACGAAGAAGCAUGAGAUUGUGGUGGUGCCGGAUCGGAAGUAUUUGCUUUGUGUGGUGCAUGGGCAUGGUUCUGGCGGUGGAGCGGGGAUCGGGGGUGGAGCGGGGGUUGGUGUGAGGAGGUGAGUAAGGCGAGAUGAUUUGUGAUACCCGUGAUAGGUAGUGAGAGUUGAUCGGAGUGUAUGGUGUAUAGGUAGGUAGGAAGGAAGGAAGGAUAUACCCGGUGGUUUUACUUGGUACUGUACAUGGAGAGGUGUGGUGGUUUCAUAUGAAGUCUGUCCUGUCCAGUCUUCUUGAGCGUAUGCAUGUCUAGUUGUGAGUACUCUGAGGAAACGAUAGUAAGAAUGCCGCAAAUCCCACCAUAACGUUAGAAAUAAGCCGUAACGAUAGAACCUCUCACCAUAACAAUAAUCACCCCCUCCAUCAGUACAACCACCCCUAACCCCCCCUAAGCCCCUCUAAAAAAAUAAAAAAAAAAAAA